AUGAGACACCAGCACAGCCUCACCAUAGACAAACCAGCAGAGCCUCACCAUGAGACAAAAGCACGGUUUUCACCUGAGACACCAGCACAGCCUCACCAUAGAGACACCAGCACACCUCACCAUGAGACACCAGCACGGAUUCACCAUGAGACACCAGCAGACCUCAUCAUGAGACAAAAGCACGGUUUCACCAUGAGACAACCAGCACAGCCUCACCAUGAGACACCAGCACAGCCUCACCAUGAGACACCAGCACGGAUUCACCAUGAGACACCUAGCAGAGCCUCAUCAUGA